GGCUAAAUAUCCCAUGGGGCUUUGUCUACAGGCAGCUUGUGGAUUCAGGAGAGCGCGGGCCCCACUGCGGUUAGUUUACUGAGAAAUGGCAGACCUUAGCACAAGGACGACGUCGACAAAGGUUUAAAACCGGAGAGAUACCUUUUAAUGCCCCGAUGUUCCCUGCGACUUGAACCCCUACCGAUAGUCAAACGAAUUUGUCUAUCCAACCCAACAUCCUAGGAAUCAUGUCCUUCCAGCAGGUGCCUGUUCGCAGUGUCGACAUCACGUCGGCCUUCUGGUCGCAGAUGCAACGCUGCUCCAGAGAGAAAACGAUUCCGGCCAUCAUCAAGGCCCAGAAGUCCUUAGGCCAUUGGUAUUGCCUGACGUGGAAAGAAGGCCACGAGAUCCAGCCCCAUCCAUUUUGGGAUAGUGACAUAUACAAGAUCGUUGAAGCCGCCUGCUACUUUCUCAUAAAGAGCAUGGAUGAAGAGUUGAUGGCUACAGUGGAAGAAGCCGUGGACAUGAUCAGGGCAGCCCAGCACCCUGACGGAUAUAUCAAUUCCUAUUAUACCGUCCUAGGUAUCGAUAAACGAUGGACGAAUCUGCGGGAUAUGCACGAGCUAUACUGCCUAGGCCACUUGACCGAGGCCUGCGUUGCAUACGAGACCCUCACGAAUAGCGGACGACUAUUGGAACCGGUAUUGAAAGCACUCCGGCAUGUCGACUCGGUCUUCGGCUCCGAACCAGGAAAGAAGAGGGGAUAUCCAGGACACCAGGAGAUCGAGAUCGGCCUUCUAAGGCUAUAUGAGCUGUGCGAAGAGCCCGUUCUGCUGAAACUCGCCAAAUAUUUCAUCACUGAGCGAGGCCACAGGGAUGCCAACGGUGAGACGUAUUUCGACCACGAGGCCAAAGCCCGUGGUGGGGAUCCGUAUGACCAUUUUGGUGGCGAAAUGAAGGCCUGGUUUGAGCAUCCGCGAGACUAUAGCUACAACCAAGCUGACCGACCCCUCGUCGAGGCUGCUGAUGUCAAGGGCCACGCCGUGCGUGCCAUGUACUACUACAUUGCAGCAACCGACCUGGUCCGUCUUACUGGCGACAAUGAGGUGAAAAGAGCACUCGACCGAAUGUGGACGGACAUGACGGAAAGGAAAUUAUACGUCACGGGUGGUAUUGGGGCCAUGCGCCAGUGGGAAGGGUUCGGCGCUAAAUACGUGCUCGGGGAUACCGAAGAGUCAGGGACAUGUUACGCUGAGACUUGUGCAUCUUUCGCAUUGAUUCUCUGGUGUCAAAGAAUGCUUCAACUGGAUUUGAAUGUCAAGUACUCUGACGUGAUGGAAAUCGCGCUGUACAAUGGUUUUCUUGGGGCUGUGGGCCUGGAUGGUGGGUCAUUUUAUUAUCAAAACCCAUUACGAACAUACACCGGGCAUCCAAAGGAAAGGAGCGAGUGGUUUGAAGUGGCCUGCUGUCCACCAAAUGUCGCCAAGCUGCUAGGCUCGAUGGGUGCCCUCAUAUACUCGUUCAAGGAGAAUCUCAUCGCCAUUCACCUGUAUAUCGAAAGUGAGUUCACGGUUCCUGGAACGAACGUGGUUGUUUCCCAGAAAACAAACAUGCCCUGGUCGGGCGACGUCAACAUAAAGGUGCAAGGUUCAACGGCUCUCGCGCUGCGCAUCCCGAUCUGGGCAGAUGGCUAUACCAGCUCGGUCGAAGGGGAAAUCAGGGACGGCUACCUUUGGAUUCCUCAAACGCAGGAUGCGGAGGUAAAUCUUUCUUUCGCACUCGAGGCGCGCAAGGUAUAUCCUAAUCCGGCAACCGAGAAAGAUCAAAUUUGUAUCAUGCGCGGUCCCUUGGUAUACUGCAUCGAAGAUGUGGAUAACGAUGUGGACGUCGACCACGUUGGCUUGGUAGACGACGCUGUCAGCGACGGUAACCCGAUCAAUAUUGCGACAGUAAAGGGUGUGAUUCCAGUGAAAGCUACUGGGAGAGAAUUGGUCGAGGGACAGACCGGCCUGUACGCCUCUAAGCCGUGGAAGUAUGGGGGAGAGAAGAGCCUUCUAUAUGUGCCAUACUUCCUCCGGGCCAAUCGGGGAGGAAAGGGUGGCAUGACGGUAUGGGCGAGACGGCUGGGCCCUAAAUAGUGUUCAUCUCGUUGGGUAAACAGCUUAGCAUGGUAAUAUAUUUAUUAGCUCUUCGUGGGAGCCUUUUAAGAUCAGACGACUCCAUUGGCAUAGGUAGCC